AUGUCAUCCACCGACAUUGCUACGCAGGAGCUAAAGAAUCCCGUGGACGUCGCAGAGUAUCUAUUCCGACGUCUCCAUGAGGUUGGAAUUCGUGCUGUCCAUGGAGUUCCAGGCGAUUACAAUCUUUCAGCCUUGGACUACUUGCCCAAGUGUGGUCUUGACUGGGUAGGGAACUGUAAUGAGCUGAAUGCCGGCUACGCUGCCGAUGGUUAUGCGCGCGUUAAAGGAAUUAGUGCUGUGAUUACUACGUUCGGUGUCGGCGAGCUGUCUGCCCUCAAUGCCAUUGCAGGUGCCUACUCGGAAUUCGUCCCAGUUGUCCAUAUCGUCGGCCAGCCAACCACCCAGUCGCAAAAGGAUGGCAUGCUGCUCCAUCAUACUCUUGGCAACGGAGACUUUGAUGUCUUCACCAAAAUGAGCGCUGGGAUUUCUUGUUACGUUGCUAAGCUGAAUGAUCCACACGAUGCUGCCACUCUGAUUGAUAGUGCGAUCCGCGAGUGCUGGAUUCGCAGCCGUCCCGUCUAUGUGACUCUACCCACCAAUAUGGUAUAUGCCAAAGUCAACGGAGAUCGCUUGAAGACCCCAAUCGACUUGUCAUCGCCCAAGAACGACCCGGAGAAGGAGGAUUACGUGGUUGACGUCGUUUUGAAGUAUCUUCACGCAGCCAAGAACCCGGUUAUCUUGGUUGACGCUUGUGCCAUUCGACACCGCGCAUUGGAGGAGGUUCAUGAUCUAGUCGAAGCCUCUGGAUUGCCGACAUUUGUCACACCAAUGGGCAAGGGCGCAGUGAAUGAGAGCCACAAGAACUUCGGCGGAGUUUAUGCAGGAGAUGGAUCCAAUGCGGGAGUGAGAGAGGUUGUCGAGUCCUCAGACCUGAUUCUCAGCAUCGGAGCCAUCAAGUCCGAUUUCAAUACGGCAGGAUUCACCUAUCGGAUUGGACAGCUGAAGACCAUCGACUUCCAUAGCAACUAUGUGCGAGUGCGGUAUUCAGAGUACCCCGAUAUCAAUAUGAGGGGUGUCCUUCGUAAGGUUGUUCAGCAAAUGAACAAGCUCAAUGUCACUGCGAUUCCUCCGAUCAACAACGCUCUUCCACAAAGCGAGAAGACCUCCACUGACCAGACUAUCACCCACGCGUGGCUCUGGCCAACUGUUGGCCAGUGGUUGAAGGAGAACGAUAUUGUCCUUACAGAAACUGGCACUGCCAACUUUGGUAUCUGGGACACUCGCUUCCCAGCAAAUGUGACCGCGAUCAGUCAGGUUCUUUGGGGCAGUAUCGGAUACGCCCUGGGAUCAUGUCAGGGUGCGGCUUUGGCUGCCAAGGAGCUACAGAAUCGUCGUACCAUCCUCUUUAUUGGAGACGGCAGCUUGCAAUUGACCGUGCAGGAGCUAAGCACUAUGCUGCGCAACAAACUGAACCCCAUUGUCUUUGUCAUCUGUAACGAGGGCUACACUAUUGAGCGAUACAUUCACGGAUGGGAUGCGACGUACAACGAUAUCCAGCCUUGGGAUCAUGUCAACAUUCCAAAGGUCUUCGGUGCGAAUGAUGGUUACAAGGGAUACCGCAUCAAGACCAGAGAUGAGCUCCACAAGUUGUUUGCUGAGCCCAGCUUCAAUGAAUCCGACAGCCUCCGCCUGGUUGAGCUUUACAUGCCGCGCGACGACGCUCCUGCUGCAUUGAAGUUGACAGCCGAUGCGGCGGCUGCGCGUAACAAAUAG